GCUAUUCACAGCCAGCCUAAUUAGUUCUUGUCUGUGCUCCCCCCGCCCCUGCAGACUGCGACUCCUACUGCAAGGCCUCCAAAGGGAAGCUGAAGAUUAACAUGAAGAAGUACUGCAAGAAGGACUAUGCCGUCCAGAUCCACAUCCUGAAGGCGGACAAGGCGGGGGACUGGUGGAAGUUCACGGUGAACAUCAUCUCCGUGUACAAGCAGGGCACGAGCCGCAUCCGCCGCGGUGACCAGAGCCUGUGGAUCCGAUCACGGGACAUCGCCUGCAAGUGCCCCAAAAUCAAGCCCCUCAAGAAGUACUUGCUGCUGGGCAACGCCGAGGACUCUCCCGACCAGAGUGGCAUCGUGGCCGACAAGAGCAGCCUGGUGAUCCAGUGGCGGGACACGUGGGCGCGGCGGCUGCGCAAGUUCCAGCAGCGGGAGAAGAAGGGCAAGUGCAAGAAGGCCUAGCGCGGACGCAGCAUGCGCCGGGCGGGCUGGGCGCCAGGGCCGAGCGCGAGCGGGAGGCCCCAGCCGCA